UGGAUCAGACCAUCUCACCAGAUCCCUCCAAGCUUGAUUUCGGCCCUGGGGCCCUGUACCCUGGCCCCGAAAGUCCAACCAAAGCUCGAUCCACUCACGCCUUGAGCCGCCACCCCGUGUUCCCCUCCAGCAGUCGAUCCCAGUCUCGAUGCAAGAAACAUCCAGGGUCAAGCACUGCCACUGCCAACCCGCAACAUGAGACAAGGUCUCUUUCAAGUUUGCACUCACCAUCAUACCUAGUGCUAUCUGCCUCCAAUCCUGCCAACAUGCGAUUGCAACCAGAGGCUAAUCCUCUUACACUCGUUCAAUCAUGAUUAUUCUUGCGCUGGACGCCAUGCGAUGAAGUUAACGACUUCUAGAGCCUCUCAAAUCCUUGACUGACACUAUGGCUCCCGAUCGUGGCCAAGACAGCGACGAGAUUCAUGGCACUGACGACCCUUUACAUCGGCCAGACAAUGCCACAGGUCGAGAACAUACCCUUCGACCUGACGCGCUACCAGCCAAUAUCCCUUCUCGUGUCCGUUUCUCACUUGAGGCCCAGUCCGGAGCUCGCAACCUCGAGAGCCCUGCCCCUGCUGCGACUCCCAGAUCCUCUCCUCACGGUCGUUUUCGCGGUUAUUCCCUGCGCCGUUCGCUUUUUUCUCAGCACCUCCAACAGGAGGAACAACGAAACCAAGGUGAUUUCGAACUCGGUACAACUCGCCCAGUCGCUGGUGGAGAGAAGUCUUCCCGACCGACCAAACCCCCUUUGAAGGACGAUUCGCUAGAAGGACAACACAAAGACGGGUCAGAUGCGGCGACGAAAGAAAUUCGACUGUCCGACUCUGCACUGGAACUACCCAUUUAUCGCCAAUGGCUGUCCAAGCAAAGCUCGCGCAAGUCAAUCUUCCAGAAAUUGAAACUCGGAUUUCAUGACCUGCAAAAUAGAAUAGUUCGGACAAGAACUAUCCCCCCAAGUGAAGACGGUAGACAUGUCACGCUCAACCUUUCGCCCGACGAACAUCCGAUUGAUGCGAGGACCGGAAAGCCACAUAUUGACAAUUUGAUCAUAUCUUGCAGAUAUACUCUGUGGAAUUUCUUCCCUAGACAACUGGUGGCCCAGUUCAGCAAACUGGCCAAUUUCUACUUUCUUGUCGUUUCCAUCCUCCAGCUAAUUCCCGGUUUGAGCACCACUGGCAGAUACACAACGAUCAUCCCCUUGCUCAUAUUUGUGGGUAUCUCAAUGGCUAAGGAAGGCUACGACGACAUCAGAAGGCAUCGCCUGGACAAGGAGGAGAACGAACGUCUCACGAAUGUACUCAAAAUCGUGUCCAGCAGUAAUUCAGGCACUGGGUCUAUUCAAUGGCAAGAAAAGAAGUGGCAAGAAGUUCUGGUGGGCGAUGUGGUGCAAGUGAAGAGAAAUUCUGGCAUACCAGCAGAUCUCGUCCUAUUGCACGCUGACGAACCCACCAACACGGCUUAUAUCGAGACAAAGAGCUUAGACGGCGAGACCAAUCUCAAAUCCAAAAAACCACUGCCAGAUAUCAUCAAAGUCUGUCCAGACCUUGCGUCGAUUGCCAAAUUAUCUUCCACUUUCGUGGUCGAGGACCCAAAUUUGGACUUGUACAAGUUUGAUGGCAGAGUGGCUAUCAAUGACAAAACACUGCCCCUGACAAAUGGCGAGAUUCUAUAUCGGGGUAGUACGUUACGCAAUACCCCUGAAGCGAUUGGGCUCGUCAUUUAUUCUGGUGAGGAGUGCAAGAUCAGGAUGAACGCAAAUAAAAACCCCCGUGUCAAAGCACCGGCGUUGCAGAGCAAGGUCAACAGGGUCGUCAUUUUUGUUGCAGCUCUCGUCUUUUUCAUGGCCAUCAUUCUUUCUGUGGCCUACGAAAUAUGGCGCCGCAGAGUCGAGGAUGAGUCAUGGUAUCUCGAGUCAGCUCGCGUCCCCUUCGGCCAAGUCUUGACUUCAUUCAUCAUCAUGUUAAAUACUAUGCUGCCGCUCAGUCUUUACGUCUCACUAGAGAUUGUCAAGGUCGCCCAGAUGUUCCAGAUGAAUGACAUCGACAUGUAUGAUCCCGUGUCAGACACUCCCAUGGAGCCUCAUACUUCUACCAUCAAUGAGGAGUUGGGACAAGUCAGCUACAUCUUCUCGGAUAAAACUGGCACACUCACCAACAAUUCAAUGAAGUUUCGGAAAAUAAGUAUCGCGGGUAAGGCCUGGCUUCAUGACGUUGAUCUUCAGCAAGAGGACAAAGCCAGCCACGAAAAGCUCAACUUCAAGUCCAGAACAUCAACUGGCACCAACAACGUCCAUGAGAAGGUCUCUGCACUGAGAAAAUCGACGACGUCGACAGGUAUCCAAGCGGCACGAUCUCUGGAUGCUGAGUAUGCUGCAGGCCAAGAGUUACCAACACGUCCACCUGAUGGUUUUGAUGCAUCUGCGUACCUUGGCCGAACUCAAGAGCUCCUAGAGUAUAUCAUUCAGAAACCACAGUCUCUAUACGCUAAACAGGCUCGUUUCUUCAUUCUCGCCAUAGCUUUGUGCCACACAUGUUUCCCUGAGAAAGGAGACGAUGGCGAAAUCACCUUUCAGGCUGCAUCUCCCGACGAAUUAGCAUUGGUUUCAGCUGCACAAGAACUGGGAUAUUUGAUCAGCGAUCGACAGGCAAACACUGUUACAAUCAAAACACAAUCGGAAGACACUGGCGAAGAUCAUUACGAGACCUACGAAGUGCUUGAUAUUAUUGAAUUUUCAAGCAUUCGGAAGAGGAUGUCAAUCAUCAUUCGAAUGCCCGAUCAGCGUAUCUGCCUCUUCAGCAAAGGCGCGGAUACUACUAUCAGAAAGCUUUUGCGAUUGGCUGAUUUGGCGGCGACCAAUGUGCAAGCCGUAGAGAAACGCGCAAGUCAGAGAAAGAGUGUUGGAUCGCAGCACGCCUUACGUCGACGAAGUACUCAACUUAGUAGGAGGUCAAGUUCUAUGCACGCUGCGGACCCAACAUCUCAAUCCCGACAAAGCACAAGCACCCUCACUCGUGGUAGUCUCGACCACUGGCUCACGGACAGGGAGACUGAUUAUGGGGCAUCUCCUAAUCGCAGGACGAGUUCGCAUCUUUAUUCUCCUCGUCCAUCCAUGCAGAUUACGUCGCCACGGCAAUCUGAAGGCAGUCCUAGGACCUCCUUUCAAGUUGAUGAUUCGCGAGAGCUUACUGAUGACCAGCUGGCUGCCGAUGACGAAAUCGUGUUCCAGCGAUGCUUUCAGCACAUUGAUGACUUUGCAACUGAAGGUCUUCGGACACUUUUGUACGGUUAUAGAUUUGUUAGUGAAGCCGAGUACUCUACAUGGAAGGAUAUCUACGCCGCUGCUUCAACGAGCAUUGUUGACCGCCAAGAGAAGAUGGAUCGGGCGGGCGAGAUGAUUGAGAAUAAGCUCGAGCUCCUUGGUGCAACAGCCAUCGAAGACAAGCUUCAAGAAGGUGUACCGGACGCCAUCGAUCGAUUUCGACGCGCAGGAAUCAAGAUGUGGAUGUUGACUGGUGACAAAAGAGAAACUGCGAUCAACAUUGGUCACUCCUGUCGUCUCAUUAAGGACUACUCGACUGUUCUUAUUCUCGAUCAUGAACUCGGAGAUUUGCACAAUCACAUGGCUUCUGCCUUUAGCAAGAUGGAGAGCGCCGAGACGGCACAUUCAGUUUUGGUUAUAGAUGGACAGACGCUCACAAUCAUCGAUGCAGACCAGGCUUCCCGGGCACUCUUCACUGAUGUUGCCAUUCAUGCGGAUUCGGUCAUUUGCUGCCGAGCUUCUCCUAGCCAGAAGGCCUCGCUCGUCAAGACCAUCCGCACCAAAGUUAAAGGGUCUGUUACACUGGCGAUUGGCGAUGGAGCCAAUGAUAUUGCAAUGAUCCAAGAAGCACAUCUUGGGAUUGGUAUUGCAGGCAAAGAAGGUCUCCAGGCUGCCCGAACAUCGGACUAUUCUAUCGCCCAAUUUCGUUUCCUCCUCAAGUUACUCCUGGUGCACGGGCGCUGGAAUUACAUUCGAAUUUGCAAGUAUACCCUUGGGACGUUCUGGAAGGAAAUGGUCUUCUACGUCGCACAGGCGCUAUAUCAGCGCUGGAACGGAUAUACUGGCACGAGUUUGUAUGAACCAUGGAGUUUGUCCAUGUUCAAUACCUUGUUUACUUCGCUCCCAGUCAUCUUUAUGGGUGUGUUCGAGAAAGACCUCAACCCUGCGACACUCCUUGCUGUUCCCGAGUUGUACAACAUUGGACAACUGAAUCGCGGAUUCAAUUUCAAGCUCUACGUCUGCUGGGCUGUUCUUGGUGGAGUGGAAGCAUUGAUCGUUUACUUUACCGCCUGGGGCAUAUUCGGCCAAGCAGUGUUCACGUGGGACCAGACGCUUUACGCCUUAGGCACAUUGGUAUACAGUGCCUGCGUGACGGUCAUUUCGAUCAAGCUCCAAUUCAUCGAGUUGCACAACAAAUCAGUCACCGCUAUCAUUGCAAUAGUCUUGUCCGUUGGAGGAUGGUGGCUCUGGAACUUCAUCCUAACAGCCACCUACGACCCUACAGACGAGAUCUACUAUGUGAGAAGGUCACUCUUGGUUGGUUUCGGCCGCAACCUCCUCUGGUGGCUCGUCUUGAUCCUCACAGUGCUCUCAGUAUGUGUGUUCGAAUUCGUGAUCAAAGCCAUCCACGUCAAAUUCUUCCCCAACGACGUCUACGUCUUUCAAGCGUUGGAAAAAGAUCCCGAGGUUAAAAGACGAUUCGAGGAAGCAUCGGCAGAUUUGCUCCAGCAAGGCUGGAAUCGAAGUCCAGAAGAGCAAUCAACGAUGAAUACAGAAGAUGCCAUGAAGGAACAGAGAGAACGUGAAGCACAAGUCCAGGAACUGUUAGACAAACGACAAAACAUGAAAGACAAGAGACCUUGGUUGAAGAUGAGAAACUCUACUGCUGGCAGUGGCAAAGAUGGAAUAUUUCGGCGGAAACAAUCACAACAGGAUUCCUCCAGAGCGGGAGAUGGAGAGGCAGGUGCGGAAAUGACAGAUAUCUCUCACCAACAACGACCUGUGGUGGAGAGCGAGGACCCUUUUAGUAAGGGAUUUGGUGCCGUUCGUAAGGGCCAGGAAUUAUGAUGAGUAUGAAUAUGAAUUUUGAAUGUUCUUAAGGUGGAAUGGAAAGCCACAAUGAUGAUAAUGUCACAUGUGUAUUUAUAGAUAUAGGUAGGAGGAGUCUUCUUCUGCAAGAACACGACAUGUGGAAAUGUCAAUUCUACUUAGGUUGCAUCCUAACAGACGGAGAGCAGUGCAGUGAAUUGAUUACUAGGGAGUUGAU